AUGUCCAGUCAUUACAAAGGUCAAAGUUUGAUUCCUGGUAUGAUUUUUUUUCAGGUCUUUAUCAACCACUUAGGUUGUUCAUUCAACAGUGACAACCACAUUCCCGUUUAUUCAUAUUUUCAUGGAAAUUUUUAAAAUUGGAUUUAUUUCAUGUUUUCUUAGUCAAUCCGGUUUUUGUUACACCCUUUGUUAUUAAGGGUAAUGGGUAGUUAAUAGUCAAAUCUGUGGCUUUCUGAAAUUGAAAGACCUUGCUUUAAUUAAAAAUUGAAGUUCUGUAAGAGAAAAUUGCUUUGGAGAUGUUAAGAUAAGAGGGAAAGUUUUUGAACCCCAUGCUUUUCCUUGAUGCUUUUCCUUUUCAUUUGUUUAUUUUAGUAACACUUAAUGACUCAAGUCCUAAGGAAAUUUCUAUCACAGAACAUUUGUAGAUCCAACAUGAAAAAAAUGGAAAUGUAGCAGUGAUCAGCAUUCACAGGUACUAAGAUGUCACAGCACUUUUUGUUUUGACCCCAGGAAAUGCAGAUCCUCAUAAUUUACAAGAAGGAUCUUCACAGGCUGCAGAUGGACGUGAGAAUUGUGGUAAAACUGACUAUGAUUUGGCUGAUGGAUUAGAAAAUGGCUGUAAUGGUGAAGAAGCUGAGUCAGGCUUUGAUGAAAUAUCACAGGAUUGGAAUGAAGAAAUUGGCUCAUUAACAGAUGAUGUUUUGACUUCAGAGGAAAUUAAUGGACAGUGUGAGAACAAUAAAGCUGAUGAUUUGGAAAAUACUGAUUCAGCCAACAACAAAAAGAAUAAUGAAAGUAGCAAAAGUCGUCAUCCAAAGCAUUUACACCACCAUCUUAGUUGGAAGAAUGCUUUAAGAAAGGCUCAGUCCUUGCCUGAUCCGUGGGAGAAAUUUCAUAUUGAUGAUUCUUGUCCUACAGAAGUUGCCAUAAGACACAGAUAUAAUGCACUUAAGAAAAGCUGGGUAAAGGAUGAAGUGAGAAUUAAAAUGGAAUUUUUGGUGAGAUUCAGAUUUUAUUAUUAUUUACUAAUAAGGCCACUUUACUUUAUUGUUGCCUAUUUUGUACACCUUUACUGACACUUGAUCCAAAGUAAGAGCCAAUGGGAGGGCAACUUCCUUACACAUUGCUUUAAUGGGGACUUCCCCUGGACUGGUGGGGUGUGGUUUUUGCUUGUAUGACCUUGUAUGUUCCAAAUAGGAAUAAGAAUCAGUUAGGACACAGGGUAGCUGUCUUUAAGGUUACUUUCGCUUCCCUUCCAAACAACAAGGUCAGGGUUUCGCGCCCCUGGUGGCAUCUACAUGCUGGUCAAACACUUAGUGAUACAUAUGUGGUGUUUAUUUAUUUUUUUAUUUCUAGCCAUUUGAUCAAGGAGCCAUGAGGGAGUGUUUCAGACUGUAAGUACAACAGUACAGCAGCAGCAGCAUUUUCACUGAGCUGACAAUUGCAUGCACAUAAUAAAAGUUUUCAAAAGUACCUUUUUUGCUACAAAGUUACGUAGUUACUGACUAGCUGUAGAUUUCAAACUUGGUCGUUGAUUAUUUUUACAUCAACAAAAAAAAGUAAAGUAAAGUAACCCUUAACCUUGCUCAGCUGUGGUGCUUGCAAGUGUCAAUUCCCACCCCUCCUCCCCUCCUGUUUCAACCCAAGGUGUUUAUAUGCACCACUACACAUGAAUUUCUCUUCUCUUGUUGAAAAAUAUUUCACUCCUUUGCUGCUCUCACUUAUAAAAUAUUUUUUCAACACAAGAAGAGAAAUUUUGUAUCUUCAAGUAGCCUUGUAAUGUUCUAUUUUAGUAUAAACUCAAAUGAGGUGCAAUUUAUUUUGUAAACAUAGCAACAAUGAUCUGUUCAUGUGUGAAAAUGUCAUGUUUUCAUGUGAAGGUUCCACCUGGUAUUUCAUUAGUGUUUAUAUAAUAAAUGAUUUUGUUACAGGAAAAAGUUAUCGAACUUCUCAAAGCACAUGAACUGGAAGCAUGCAGCUAAUUAUGUUGCAAAGCGAUACAUGGAACAAGUUCCUAGGAAUGUUUACUUUGAUGACGUCAGGCUACAGAUGGAUGCAAAGCUUUGGGGUGAAGAGUAUAACAGAUAUAACCCACCUAAAAAGGUUUGCUUUAUUUUCAUAAUCAUGUGACUUCUAGAAUGUCAAAAUACUGGACUGUACCAAAAUCAAAGUUUCCAAAAAAUUUAAAGCACAUUUAGAAGGAGAAAAACAAUUUAAGUAGGAGGCAACAGAUCAGAUUGAAAGGCACAUCUAUAUGUGGGUUUGGGGCUUGCCUCCCUUCCAUAGGGUGGGGGGGUGGUGGGGUGGGGAGGGAUCCAGGGGCUCCUCCUGAUACAAUUUAAAUUUUGGGGACCUUGAAAGGUGUAUUUCAGUGCAUAUUGAUUACCCAGGGAAAGAAUUUUGGUCAUUACAGUAUGUCACAUAAUUUCAGCUUUUGGUCAUACUUAAAUUUAUAUCAUAUAUUUGUUUUUAUCAAGCAAAGUUUUCAGAAACAAACAGCAAUAGAAUUCUUUUUCUGUUAGUAGCCAUCACCUCUAUGGCGACUUAACGCCAAUUUUCACCUCACACCAGAGCUUCAGGAGAACCCUGGCCAAAAUCCUCCAUACCAGGAAUAAAUUUUUUGAAAUCUGGAUCUGGAAUUUGGAAAUUAUUCUUUUUAAUGUUUCACAAGCCUUAAGAUGAUUUUAACACAUCAACCCUAUGUGUUUUGUGUUUUCUUUACCUGCAGGUUGAUAUCUUCCAGGUGUAUGUGAUUGAAAUGAAGGAAAGGGAAGAUUCACCUUUGUUUCAUUUGGAACAUUUUAUUGAAGGAAAGUAUAUCAAGUACAACUCAAACUCUGGAUUUGUACGUCAAGAUGAAACUUUGCGAUGUACUCCUCAGGUAACUUGCAUGCACGAUGGCACACAAAGUCCAGCACUCUCACUGCAUACAUUUCAGUCCACUUUGACCUUGAUGACAUUUAACUAGUCAACUACCAGAAUACAUCUCAUUUCUGUUACCUACUUAAAUUUUUCAAUCCUGCUGAAGUUUAAAAAGCAAUAGCCCUAAUUUGCAAAGAAAACAACAAACAGAAGGAUUCUGGUAGUUGUCGUAAAAUGACGUCUUCACGCAAUUGUUCUAUUUGCCUGUAACAUGGGAGAUGAAAAACUCCUUUAAAUUGCGUCAUGUCAAGCUGUGCACUAGUAACAUGAUGUGUGGCUGCACUGAAGAAUGAACUAGAUACUGUAGCUUGCAGACAAGCUAGUGAGAGCAUGCUGCCAGGCUACCCUUGCUUAGAAAUGUGCAGUCUUUGCCCCUCCUCUUGGCUAGUUCAACGAAGUUCAGUGGAAGUGACUUGGUGAAGUGAAGAUGAGAGAAAGUGAAGUUUCGUCCCUCCCACCUCCUCUGAUGGCUGUUGACAAAGCCUAAACUCAAUAAUAUUGUUCUGGCAGUGGUGCUUUUCUCCCAUAACUUAGUUCCUUGUAAUAGAUGUAUGCAGUGAGAAUAUUACAUGCUGAAAUGGUAGUUAAUAUUCCUUUACAUUGCUCAAAAUAGUUCUACAGAAUUUCGUUUUUAAACAUCAAGUUUUUUUAUCCAUGUGUGUGAUUUCUUGUCAUGUUUUCAAUUGGUUUCCAGCUGCACUUUUUAUGUUUAGGACGUCAUUUGAGAAAGAUUCGGCUCGAAGUCCAAAAACGGAACAAAGAUCAUAUAUUACAUCAGACAACCUCUAAGACCAAUUUGUGCAUGUCCGAAUGUUGUCCAUCUUUAAAUGAGAACAUGUUUAGUGCAAUUCUUCCAACAAGUCUCUGUCAUGAAUACUGUACAAGAAAAGCCAAUAUGUACAAGCAUUCAAGGUCAUACUUGACAUUCACAGGCUUUCAGUCAUUUUACAUUUGAGAGAUCUGGACAUCAGUUGAUUGUUGUUGACAUUCAAGGUAAGUUGGAAUGGUUCUUUGAAACUGUUUGUGUUACAAUAGUCCAGUUUCGAGUUAUGGCCACUGAAUAAAAGAUGUAAAUUAGCAAUUUUUACAGCCGUAGCCUCCAUCAUAUAGUCACAAAUUUCCAUAAGAAGAAGACCUGUUUAUUACUCUCUCUACUGUGAGUUUUAAAAUUUCAAACACUUACUUGCUGGAAUUUGUGAAUAUUUUACUCUAUGUCAAGCCUAACCGUGUAUGAAUGUGUCGUUAACGUUUAAAUUCAGCGGGGUUUUUUUCAAAACUGGACUGUAAAGGCAUCCCUGAUUGUUCUUCGGAGCUCCCGAGUCUAAUUUUAAAAAGUUUUUGUUUUUAGAAUUGAAAGAGGACGGACGGCAAAUUGUUGUUGCUUGUAUCUUAAAGUCGUAACUGUUCAUCAUUGAUUUUGUCUCGAUUUUUCCGAGAGUUAUUAAGUCUAGAAUUAAUAAAAUGUCGUACUUGGAUAGUUCAUUGUCCUUCUUAAGGACAUGUCCUGUAUGGGGGAGACCUCGUUUUUGAGGUGAAUUAUCAUUAUUGUGAGUAGAGGAUUAUCCCGGACGGACGAAAGGCAAAGAAUGAGGAAGUAAAACAAACGAAAUAAGGAGGUGGAAAAUAGACUAUCGAAUGCAACACAAACAGGAUAGAAACUGGUUAAAACGAUGGGAGAGGGGAUCGGUCUGCAAAACGUUAUAAAUAAUAUCGCUUGUUAUCUGUUUCCUAUAGAUAGGCUUGGUGACAAACGACUUCGAAUUGCAAUUAUCCUAUUAAAACAAAUUAAUUUAAACAAUAUUAACAAGACAGCAAAGACAAAAGCGGCUUGAGUUUUACCUGCUAUUUCGGAAGGACAAGCCGUCCCUCUUUUUAAUAAGGGGAUUUAAUGACACCUGAAUAGGGACGGCUUGUCUGUCCGAAAUAUCGGGAAAACUCAAGUUCCUUCUCUCUUUGCUAUGUUGUUGUAAUGUUAAAUUUUUCUUAGUUAAAACAGCAAGAUUUGCUUAUCGAUUUUGUUUUAUCAAAAUCCAUAAGUUUAUUUAAACCCUUUCUUAAGGUUGUUGCCUGGUAGACAUUAUUUGUUGUCAUGGCUUGGAAAAUCAGGUCAUAGGGAAUUCCUGCUGACGUCAUUGUUGACAUUUUUGCUCAUUAGCAUACAAUUUAACCCAUAGAAGACGUCGCCGUGUAUGCAAAUGAUGUUCAAAAGUUGAAAGAGCUGGUUGAUUUGAGCAGUUUUUGCAAUCUUCAGCACUUCGAAUCAUUAACAAAGGAACUACAGGCAAUCAAAAACUGAAUUUCUCGUGAGUUUUUCAAAGAGAAUCUCCCCGAAACUAUUCGCUAUAUGGGGCUCAAAGUUUCAGAUAUAACUGAAAUUGAUAUGCUCUUUCAAUAUUCAGAGGUUCUAUUUUAUUAGCUUCAUCAGAUAAUAAUAAGCGUAUGUUAAUAGAAAAAAUGUAUAGAAGGUUUGGCUUAUUUUUAUUGCAGGAGUUGGUGACUUGUACACAGACCCACAGAUUCACACUUCGGAUGGCAAGGGGUAUGGAGAUGCCAACUUAGGUCCAAGAGGCAUGGCAUUGUUCUUCAGCUCCCAUAAAUGUAACAGGUAAUUCAUUCUAUGUCCUUGAAAACAUGUUUUUAUUUUAGCAGUAAUCAGCGAGGAAACUUUUGGCCGUAUCUCACAGUCUUUAUUGACUCUAUUCCGCAAAACAGGAACUUGUUCAAUGCCUUGUCGUGUGAUAGCGAUUGGCUGUAAAUGGUCAUGUGCAUCACACGUGCCAAGGCGCCAGGGCCCCACCCUAAAUUCGCCACUUAAGAAACGAGAAGGAAACUGGGACGAGUAAAUUUCGCAAAGACUUCUGGGACUACUAUCAACGACUCACUUUAGAAAGUUGGUUUAUUAACUUAGAACAAACGCCACUGGAUCGUAGUCAACAGUUACCGGCACCGUACAAACGACUUAUUGACGGACUCAAGCAAAACUAACUAUCAGAGAAUGACUGGACAACCGACAAUUUGACUAACAAUAAACGACUGUUUUAACCGUGACAAUUGACGGAUCGAAACGCACCAAUGACAUUACGAGUCUUCAUUGCCAAUAACAUUAUACGGCUUAACUGACGGACGAACAAUAACAUCGCGACCUAAUUGACCAAUCAAAUCAAUAACCAGAGUUAAAUACCAUCAACUGACGAGAUACAACUCACUUUGACUCUGAAGAUAACUACCGCACAGGUUGUCGAAACGUCAGUCACUGUCAACAUCACUAUUCAGGACUACGUUCACCCGGACGAUCAUACUCAACCUACUUUUGAAAUGACUCCUGCAGGAUUCAAACCUUUCACGCUUCUGGAACUAUUACCAUGGAAAGGGAAAACAAUUGGCCAAUAGCUGACCGGUGUGUCUCCAGCAAUGAAUUCCCUUCUCGUUUCUAGAGUCGCGAAUAGAGAUGGAGACAAGGAACAUUUUAUUAUUUUCAGCAACUUGACCGCACUGAACACUUUUUCUUUAUUAGUGAUAUUUGCAGAAAUUAUGUGUUUUUGUUGUUCUGACAUAAAGAGACCAUCAAGUUUAAUCCAUACACAAAACUUGAGCCUUACAUUUCAUUUCAUUUACAUGGUUACGCACACGUGCGAACAACAGUGAAAUGAGGCGUAGCUUUUAGUAUUGCUUAAAUCAUGGUACUGUUUUUUUUGACGGGCCAUCUCAUUGGUGCUUGACAGUUAAUAGGACGUUGCUUGUUUAUUUGUUUGUUUUCUGCAGAAUCUGCGAGAGUCUUGGACUGUCUCCAUUUGAUCUUAGCCCUAAAGAAAUUGAUCGCCUUGACCAAGCUCUUCGAAACAUUCAAGAGUCCACUACUGUCUUGAAAAAUAGUGAGCUUUGCACAUCUCCUGGCCGCAAGAUCUCCUCCACAAUUUAUGACAUGACAGAGUACUUGGCCCAGUCCCCUCCUCCAUCUCCGUCUAUUUCGGAACCAGACUCCCCUCGAUCCUCAUUGUCGUCCUCGUCCGGAUUAUUGUCGGGGUACUCGCGUCAGCUUUCCGACUCACAAUCAGAUUCCUCCGAGACUGAAAGUGAUCAAAGUGAUGUAUUUACUGAAAACGAGGUCAGUUAUUUCCUGAGUUAAGUGCCAACCUUAAACAGAAAUGCCUGAUCUGCGAGAUAUUCUUAGUAUCCCUACAGAAAGGUCAUAGAAAAUCCUGAGUCGGGGAAGAGCCUAUUAAGCGAACCUUAAACCCGAUUAGGAUUUCGCCGAAAAUACCGUUUGAAGCUAGUUAGUCGAGCCAUUUUCUAGUUGUUUUCUGGCCAAAAACAGGCAAAACUACCCCAACAUAACAGUAUUUACAAGUCGAGUUCUAUGCUGGCGUUUGUUCCCGAUGCCACGCUACUUAACCUAACCCUGUCUAACUCCGGGCACGCGCAGGAGGCACCCAAAGUGACACUGCUUCCUAGAUAUUGGCCUUUUGCUUUCUCUCUCUGAUUCUUUCGCUUUUCUUCCCGGCUUUUGUUUAAUUUUCAUUUGAUAGUCAUUUACUUGAAUCAUUUUGGUGCGAAAUUUGUUGGAAGAAAAGCCAUAGUUUCUGAAAUUAUUUUAAAGACAUGCAGUACAGGUGGGUGGUGGAAUUAGAUUGCCAUUCGAUUUUCCCUUUUCAACGUUUCUUUCUGGCAGGUUGACUGAACCUGCAGUGUCAGUCAAGAUUGUUGGGACACUUUGCUCUCUCCUUGCCCUCCCAAUGCUGGUGUGCAAGAUAAGGUGAGUUUACUGCGAUAACCAACAUUGGGAGGACGAGGAGACGGGCCAGAAGUGAAAAAAACAGCGCUGGGUGGAAGUGUCCCAACUAUUUUUGUAUCAGACUGUAGCUCAUUUGCAUAUGUUUUAAAACAUCACUUCUCCUGCACAAUAUAAGUAUUAAUUUUGUGUCUUUAAGCCCGUUAAAACUGAUGGUGUCACAAGUGGUACAGGGAAUGCGGUUCAAAACGGACAAUUACCGGCGGAAUAGUUGUGGAUGUGUUGAAAUUGGAAUUGGGCGGAAUUUAAUUGGAGACACCACGGAGUUUACAGGUUUUCUAUGUGGCUUGUGUUAGAGACUGAAAUCACUGUCACUAUGCCGCUAAAGGAUUAAGACGAUAGAGUCAAAUACAGAGGGCGAGGAAUUAAAUUGCCAUUUAACUCGUAUUUGUAUAUACUUUUGUUUUCCUCAGGAUGAAGAAGUCCGUGAGUUAUUUCCGGAAAGCAUGAUGCGUAAGGCAUCCAGCGUGUUUGCUGAGGUUGCAUUACUUGAAAAAUUACAACUGGAAGCAGCCGAGCAGCAGAAAAGAGAAAAAAGCGUGUCCAUUCUUGGACAGGUCAGUGUGACUAGGCCACCGCUUUUAAGCCAUGAAAGUGGUUAAAUAUAUGUCUGAUUUCGUUAAAACGUGGCCACUGGGUGUUCGCCUGGCGCCGGGCGCAGCCCGGCUCCAGGCCAGCCCGGUGCCCGAAAAUGUAGGCGGCUUGACGUCUUGGUCGGUACAGCUGGAUAGUCCAGGGACUGCCCUAACAGUGGGUGGGUGGAUCAGGCUUUGGGGUGAAAACUAGUGGGGUAGGGAGGGGGCUGUUUUGACACAAGCCCUUCGGUAAGCAGCAGUGUUCAGUGCGGGCUUUGAUUGGUGAGUACCUUGGUCUUAAUCAGUGUCGAUCGGUCGACUUAGUCCGGAGACGACUCUUACUAAUAGUACUAUUAACGUCUCGAGUCACCCUCCACGUCUGUCAGUGGGUAACAGGACCCACCCCUCCCAGUUUCAGAACCAUGGUUCCUGUGUGAAUGCAUAGGACCCAAAAUUAUCAUAAAGCAACUGUAACGGGCCAGAAGAAGAAAUAUUAUACAUGAGCACUAUAGAGUAUUUAAUAAUAUUUGUUGUUUUUGGUAGGUUCAUCUGGAGUUCGCCAAAUGUAAUGAGAUUGGUCGCUUUACUAACAAUGAGCCUCAAAUGGACUGCGCUUUGUUUCACUUGGAACAGUCAGCGGCUUGUGGAGACUUACAAGCUUUAGUAGCUAUGGCUGAGAUAUAUUUACAGCUACCUCAUGACUUGCUAGCUGCAGUCACUGUGCAGGUGAUUAACAUAACUCUUUCACUGGUACUAUAUUGUGACCAUUCAAAUAAAAGCCCUUCCUGCGCUACUGUUUAUUAUGCUGUACAGGAUGGUUCUCACAUUUGAGUGUGUGGAUGAAAUCCUAAAGUGUGACCAUUCACAUGAAAGCUACUGAGUAGUCUAUGAUCCUAUGGUACUGUUUAUUAUGCUAUAACUAGGUGGUUCUAAGAUUUGAGUCUGUGGAUGAAAUUCUACAUUGUAACCGCUCAAAUAAAAGCUACUGUGCAGUACUUUCCUGUGAUACUGUUUAUUACAUGUUGUACCAGUUGUUCUAACUCUUGAGUCUGUGGAUGGAAUCGCAUAGUGUGACCACUUAAACGAAUACUACUGAACAGUUCUUUCGCUUGGUAAAUUUUCAAUUCCACUUUUUUUCCAAAAAUGUCAAAGGUAAAAUUCGGGAACUUUUAAAACUGGUCCUUUUUGUGUAAAAGAUCUGCUUGUGUCGUUUUUCAGGAAUCUGACGAGGCAACAAACCGGGGAGUAGAGUACAUGCUAAAAGCAGCAACACUAGGAGACAGACAGGCCAUGGUUUACAUGGCGAAGGCCUACGAAACUGGAAACGGAUUGGGAUCCCAGAGGUAAUGUGCUUUUAACGGACACCUCCAGAUGGACAUCUAGGGUUUGUCUCUGGCGUUGCUCGGUCAUUUCUCUUGAUUCUCUAAAAGCCAGAUACCUUGUUAAGACGGACACUAGCGUGUUCCAGGCUCUCCGAUAGUGGGGAAGACGCGGAAGUUAAAGGCACGCGAAAAGUUUACGGAGCGGGAAAAAGGAAAAAGGAAGGCCUCCCUUCCUCUUCGUAGUUUCCUUCCGUUGUUUUUUUCCGUGUUCGCUCUUUCUCAUUUCAACGGACCCGACUAUCUCGGAGCCUGGAAGAGGCUAGACGGACACAUAGUGCUUGUCCAAGGAGUAGCCGUUUUAGACUCAGAGUUAACUGUUACCAUGAUUUGCGCUUCAUGACUAGUCCUGAGUUCUAUGUAACCCUCCCCCACCCCCUGCCUUCUCCCCUCCCCUCCCGUUAUCACUGGCAGUUUUCACUCUUCUCAGUUUUUGCUCACCAUGUAAAAUCACGAUAGCGGCCUCUCAGACUUGGCGAUUGACCUCGAAAAUCACAUGGAAAUCUUAAGUUAACUCUCUCUAAGACUGACAUCAUUGGGACUGGGACUAUAUAGGCGUCUUAUUAGAGAGGUGUCCGCGUUGUAGAUAGUCAAACACAAGGACUGAAGAAAGGAGGGACCAAAUCUAGGUGUCCGUCUUAUGAAGGUGUCAUUACAGUCAGAGAGAGUUAACUGAAGUUUUCUAUCUGAUUUUAGAUAUCGACAGCCGGCGAGUUCGGGUUUAGACGUCUGUAUGAAUUGUUAUCUGCUCUUUAGAUGGCCCCAAACUUUGGUUCCUUGUUGGAGCGCUUUAACAAACCUGAAACGUGUGAUUAUGAUCUUGUGUUUCAGGGAACGCAGCUGGCUGGACGCAGUCAAGUGGUAUCAGAGAGCUAUCGAUAUAGUGGAUGAGGAUGGCGAUCCACAUCCGCUACACACCGAUCCUAACUAUGCACUGACUGCUGCUCAAGCUCGCCUGUAUCAACAAGGGGGGUACGGACUGGACAAGGAUCCUCAAACUGCUGGCGAGAUGUACUCGGCAGCAGGCGAUUUAGCAAUCGCUUCUAUGAAGGGCAAAAUGGCAAACAAGUAUUAUGUUAUGGCUGAGGAAGCCUGGGCCGAGCUAGAGGAGUAGAUUGAAAAUGAUGGUUGGUGGCUGCUGUCGUUUGUUUGUCCGCUGUCAAACGGGAACAAUAGACCCUUCCCGCAUUCCUGUAAACAAACGCACCAACGCGAGGCUCUGGUGGACAAAAUACAGUAAUUUGUAUGAAAUUGUCCACCUGAGCCUCGUCCUCAUUUCUUUAUUUUUGCUCACUGGAACGUAAUGUGGGAAAGGUCUAUUUGCAACAACAAACGUAGCAAAGUGCUUCAAGCAGCUACAGUUGUUAUUUCACCGUUAAAAUUUUGAUACUUGUGCAUCAUGAUUAUGCUGUUAAUUUUCUUAACGGAAACAGAAACUCAUCAUUUUACGAAGAAUGAAAACACAUCGUAUGAUUUAAAAUAUCUUUGCUAGUGUUUUUAUACUUCAGAGUAGGUAAAAUCUCAUUAUGCACAUACGUUUGACCACGGUGGUGUUCUCUGCAUAUUUUUGUAGCUAAAACGUAGUACAUGUGAGCAAGCAAUAUAAAGAAAAUACAGACUUAUACAGAGUCGAUGUUUACGCAAUGCAGAUUAGACGUCAAGACGUCAUAAACCCGGAAGGACAACACUAAUAGACUUUGUAUGAGGCUUUAAGAGUUAAGAGAUAAAAUCAAAGAAGGUAGUGCGGUUUAAUAUUGUUUAAGUAUGUGGUGUCAUAAGUUAUAUUGUGUAUAAUGUAAGAACGCUUUGCUGUGUUUUGUUUUCACUCAUCGAGGCCACCAAGAUCUCUAGAUCAAACAAUAAUUAGGACAAUUAAGCAAUAGGGACUUUGAGAUGCCACGACGGCAACGACAACGUCAAAAUAGCAGUAGGUUGAAUAGGCGAAACAACAACUCUGCACGUGCAUCACGCUUUUUUGUACAUUUCUUUGCCGUCACUGCACGACUACGACGGGAAAAUGCCUAAUUUUACGUUUUAUGGAGGACGUAAACAAGCGACGGCUAUGAAUAUGGUUCUUAGGAAUUCGGCUCAAAAAGAAUUCGCUUGCGUUUGACAAAGUAAAUGAGUUGGAGUAAUCGCGAAAGAGAUUGAAAGAACGCAAAUUCUCUUUUAAGCGACGUUUUCGUGGCCGUCGCCGUACGUUGUGGUACCUUAAACUCCGAAAUGACGACGACGACAGUGGGAAACGUCUCUCAACAAGUGAAUUCGUGCUGCUUAUUCCAUGUCGUUCGAUUUGUCAAAUGUUAGUAAUUUUUCUGGAGUUGAUAUCUAAUAAACUGUAUCUAAAUUUUUAAAAAAGAAAAAAAAUCGUUCCCUUGUAUUCACGUCCUCUACAAAACGUGAAAUUUUAACGUCGUGUUUGUGCAACGACGGCAAGGAAAUGAACGAAAUGAGCAAAAUGGUUGUUUUCAUUAUCCUGCUCUUUUUUGCGGCUCUGGUUGCCGUUGCAUGUCGUCGUUGCUUAAGUUCCCUGUUCCACCAAGAAGUCAACUUCCAGGACAGAUGUACCUGUUUCGUAUUGAAACUUCUCAUCAGCUCUUUACAAGGAAAAGUCUAUGUGAUUGUACAGAUAUUUAUUGAGGAACAGUUAAAUUAUAUGAAAAGUUACAACAGAAAUAACAGGACAUAGUAAAUAGAUUGUGAUGUGAUUACUCUGGAGAAAAGGAAAGUCAUUAUUUUAGACUUCUAUUGCUCCAGGGCAACCAACGAUCAAAAUGUUUCCAAAUACGUCAGAAUUGUCUCAGAUCAUUUACUUUAUGCUUUAGAAGCUUUUAUGGUUAAUUUGGGGCUGCCUUGAGAAAACUGUUUAUCUGUUCGGAUAUCUUGGGGAGAUUUGGUCGUCUCGAAAGUUUUAGGGGGCUUUUUCGUCUUAUCCGAGAAAAUCGUAAAUACUUUAAAACAGAAAUACUCCGAAUGUCUUCGAGAGAUGGCGAACGGUUAUCCAGAAAGGUUUAGCCGAGCUUUAAAAAUUUUUAGGCAAUAUUUGCUCUUUCGAACAGUUAUUUUAAAGAAAAAAAUCGUUGGGUGCCCAGUUGCCAAAGUAAUCAAAUGUUUGGUACGCUGACUCAAAUGUCACUGGUCAAACAGACAUGAUUUCAUUGGCUAGUUACGUCACACAUAGGUACGGUGAAGACAAAGAAAAAAAGGAAGUAUAAUAGCUAUUUAUAACGCAAGUGAUCUACAGAACACUGCUACUCGAAAAGAGAAAGAAUGUUAAUGAUUCACAAGCUAUUUUAUUUUAGUACUACAAUUUUGAAGUAAAUUCCUGUACUUAAGGGUUGCAGAGAAAAGAUUAAAAUCAUGAAUAUUUUGGCAAGUAAUUCUUUCUAUUUAUUGAAGUAUUCUUUGUCUCGAAAACAAUUUUAUUUCUGCAGUUUACAUUUGUUAAAGCCUCUUUUUAUAGGCGGCAUGCCAAUUUAACGAGUUAACGUUUUCACCCUACUACUAG